CCAUCGCGGCCGCCUUAGCCGCGCCGUCCCCGGCCCGCCGCGGUUCCUGGGGGGUCCGCCCGGCCUCUGGGGGUUCCGCCGGCGGCGCCCGCCUCGGCCGGGCCGUCGCCAUGUUUACCAGCACCGGCUCCAACGGGCUUUAUAAAGCACCUUUGUCAAAGAGUCUGUUACUAGUCCCAAGUGCCAUCUCGAUUCUAUUGACGCUGCUCUUCCAACAUUAUCAGAAGUUCUUUGCAUAUAACCUUCAAGCUAUAAAAGAGGAUUUUCAGAUUUGGAGACUUGUAUGUGGGAGAACAAUAUGUCUUGAUCUGAAAGACACAUUCUGCAGCAGUCUGCUCAUUUACAACUUUAGAAUAUUUGAAAGAAGAUACGGCAGCAGAAAAUUUUCAUCCUUUUUACUGGGUGCUUGGAUGCUCUCAGCUUUGUUUGAUCUUCUCCUUGUAGAAGUCGCUCAGUAUAUAUUUGGCAUCACCAUCAACAGCUUGCCUUCUGGUUUCUUGGGUCCUGUGUUUGCACUGUUUGUACCAUUUUAUUCCUCCAUUCCAAGAGUGCAGGUGGCACAAGUAUUAGGCCACUUUUCUAUCACAAACAAGACACUGGUCUACAUACUGGGUUUACAGCUCUUAACCUCUGGUUCCUACAUCUGGAUUUUAGCCUUAAGUGGAUUGGUUUCUGGUAUUUGCUACAAUAGCAGUAUAUUAAAAGUUCAUCGAAUUCUUUGUGUGCCCAGCUGGGUAGCAAAGAUAUUUUCUUGGACUCUUGAACCAAUCUUCUCAUCUGCGGAACCAAUGAAUGAAGUUCGAGUGGGAAUGGGAGCAACAGUUGACAUCCAGAGGCAGCAGAGAAUGGAGUUGCUGGAUCGUCAGAUCAUGAUGUCUCAGGUUGCCCAAAUGAGGCGGCAAAGGCAGCAGCAGGGUGGGAUGAUUAACUGGAAUAGACUGUUUCCUCCUUUACGUCAUAGACAUAAUGCGAAUUAUCAAGAUCAUCGCCCAUCUGAACAAGACACACCUCCACCUACUGAGGUUUCUGAAGAGCAGGUUGCACGACUUAUGGAAAUGGGCUUUUCCAGGGGAGAUGCUCUAGAAGCCCUGAGGGCUUCAAAUAAUGACUUAAAUGUAGCCACUAAUUUUCUACUGCAGCACUGAUGGUUUUGAGUGUGAAGGAACUUCAUUCGACGGGUUUGUACACGUUUGGAAGAGGAUCAAAGCCACCUGCUGGACAGACUCACGAAGGUCAUCCCCGCAAGAGCGUCAGAAAAGAGAAACUGGCUCCCCGUGACUGGUGAUUCAAAGGGAUGUUAACGAAUGACGUGAACUGUUCCCAAGCCUUCAGAUCACUUGGUGGUUUCUAGUCUGGUUAUCCUUUUCAAAGUAACUUUAGUUUCUACUUAUUACUGGAUAUCAGCUAAAUUUAUUUUUAAAAUAAAGUAGGUGGGUUUUUUCUUGUAAAUCCUUGUUAGACAUGUUAUCAGACUUAAUGACUAGGAAAAGAAGCUCCAACCACCACAACAACUAGAUUCACCUAUUAAGAAAAAUCGUAUUUUCUUCAUUUACCAGUCUAAUUUCUCUAGCUUACAUGUUAUUUUACAGUACUUGAUUUUUGAUUACAGUAAUAAGAGGUUUCAAGAUCACUUCGUUUUCAACUCAGUAAAGGGUUAUGGGACUAUUAUGUCAUUCUUUGGAAAGUUUUAUUAAUGCCUGUAAUAUUUUAUUUCUUGAAUUCCUUUUUAAAUAAAAGUUGUCAUUCAGCACAUAAUACACAGACAGGAUGAGAGAAAAUUCAUGUGCGUAUUGCAGGCUGUGGUAAGUGAGUGCUGUAAAUUUAAAUUUUUACAAACUGAGUGAAUUGCUAGUCAGAUACAGGUCAUGAAGAUACUCACUGGAAGCAAUAAAGGUGAAUCAAAUGAUACAGUAAGAUCAGAACUGAAAUUAUUUGAAUGACUUCAUGUCUAAUUCACACUGACUUCUGUAACGAUGGAUGUAUGCUCAGUGUCCUAUGUGCUGGUUUCAUUUUUUGAGCUGGCUAUAUACUGUCUUAAAAGAAAAUUAUAAAAAGCUAACUUUUCUAUAUAUAGUUCUAGUUUUCUACUGUCAAAGAUGUGGAUGACCCUGCAUUUGCUGAAUCUUCACUGUCUGAAGCAACUUACUGUUGAUCACAGGCUGGAAUAUUAACCUUAAGGGUGAUUCAGGCUAACACAGGAGGUAACAGGACGGUAACGCCAAGGUAGUACAAUAUUGGUUUUGAAGUUUAGAUUGAUAAAUAAGCUUGCUUGGCUUGACUCUCAGAAGUGCUCUGUAUUAGCACCUUAGGAGUUUCAGGAGGUGAGGUGGAGAGAGGUGAACACCUCUAUAAAACCAAGCUGAAGUAAUACAAGAUUGCCAACUGCGUCUCCGUGAAACCAAUUUACACAUGUAUCUCAAGCAUUUAAUGUAUGUUUCUGUAUGUACUUGUGUUUGUAUAUCCUGUGUAUAUGUGUCUAUUUAUAUACACACAGGCAUAUUUAAUACAUACAUACAUUUAGAAUAAGAUAUAGGUCAUCAGAAGCAUAACAAAGGCAAUAGCAGGUGCAAAGGAGAGGAGAUGAAAGAAUACAGGAGAGAGAAGGGAUGUUUUGGAAAUCCAGAUGAACACAUGUGUACCAAAGUACAGAUCUGUGCAGUCUCACUUGGCCUGGGAAAUUACAGGACAGGAUUUAGGGAGAGAGAGAUACCUUUCUUUUUCUUUUUUAGUUGACUGAAAAAACUGAAAAAAGUCCUACAGGCGUCCAAGUCUUUAUCCAGAAAUGACAUCAAAUUUGUGCAGCUUUUGGCACAUGACAUAAUUUUUAAUAAAAUCAAUGUCCUUUAUGUACUUUUUGGUAUUUUCCGGGGUGGGUGGGAAUAAGGGGGUUUGGAACGACCCUGUGUUUUCCUGGACUUUGAUCAACCUCCUUCAGGGUUUGGUUUGCUGCUAUGAUCACAUUAUUUAGGCAGGGUCUGCUUUUUAAUUGAAAGGUUUUGUUUGUGUGAAGCUGAGUGGCUCUCUGUGUGUGUAAGUUAAAGACAUUUCUGGACCCAGAGAACUCUGGAAACUUGCUGUCUUAGAAAGCAAAGGGCAAAUGUAAGAAAAAAAAAGCCCUAGAAUAAUUUGUGUAUGCAAACUAGCUAAAUGUUUUGAAACAAAUACAGGUUUUAAUUUUGAAACAUACAGAUUCUUCCUUCACAAAUAUUUUACCAAAAGUAGCAAUAAAGACUAGUGAAUUACUUCAGAAGUCAAAUUUUGUCUGUAGGAAAUAAUACCUAGCCCAGGGUAAAUUAAAUAUGACCUGUGCCCUUUCAGACAUUGCCCUGCUCUAGGGACAAGCACAAAGAGCAUUUAUUCCUUGGAAUUUUAAAACGCAUUGAGUGGCAUCUGGGACCUGUAAGUGGAUAUUCUCCAAGUCUAAAUCCUUUCUUACUGUUAUCUGUACAAGGGGUAUCCCAAAUGUCACAGUUGUGUGGAAAACCCCGUUUUGCUGGGCAUUUCACAAAACAUGGUCAAACAUAAGGGGUAAAAUUCAGGCCAUGGUGAUGUCAGUUGAAAACUCCCUUUGACGUCUGUGAAAACAGUUUGUGCUCAAAAUGCUUCCAGGGUUGUGAUUUCCAAUUUUAAAAAAAAAAAAAAAAAAAGAAGUGGUAAAAGGAGGAGUCUCGGAUGCUGUUGAACACAGUUCCUGUUCCAUGCAAGAACCGUAGAAGGAAGAUUCAUACAUUAGAGCUGGAAAACAACUCGGUUUCCACUUGAUGGUGAAACUUCCAUGGACCAUUUCUGGGAAUGCAAGGAGCGUGUUCUUCACAGCCUACGCAGUGUUUCUCCAAUACAGUUUUGAAUGUUUCAUUGCACAGUUUCCAUUUUGUGUGUGACACAAUAUUUUUUAGGCAGCGAGAGAAUGCAGAAUGCUUUUCUACAGAGAGGAUUUUAAGUCCCUAGGAAAUUUACGCUGGUUUUAGUAAAGCCGAGAUUUGGUAUUGAAAUAAAAGCAGUUGCUGCUGUUAAAAUUUCUCUACUAGACUGGGAAUGUUGUCUUUUGAGACAGCAUCGGAGUAAUUUAUCGGGGACUUUCCUAGACGGUUAUGUGAGACUUUGAAAUACACCCACAGUGAGGUUUGUAUUUGUGGAAAUCUGCCUGAUAAGCCGCCAGGUUCUCAAGCCUUAACUUUUUGCUAAGAUGCAGAAUGAUUGGGCUCCAUACUUACCAAAUCCCAUUUUCCUCUCCCAAAACAAGUGUUAAAGGUUGCCUGCUACUUAGUGAGCACUGUCUGACUGUUGCGGCUGGUUCAUGUACCCACCUGUGCUGUCUAGUGCUUGUCCGUGCCUUUGUGAACAUGUGAUGGAGAAAAGGUCUCAUUGUUUUUGUCUGAAACAGAAGAACAAGCAAGCAAAACAUAUUGCAAGUUACUGGGCAAAGGGCAACAUUUUUGGCUUUCCUGUUUGUGAGUGUGUAUAUAUGUGUAUGUGUAUAUGUAUAUGCAUAUCUAUGUGUGUAUGCAUAUGUAUAUAUACAGAGAGUGAGUGAGAAUAUUUAUGUAUUGGUUUGAUGAAUUUAACUGGAGCUAAGAGUUUGUUGAAGAAAAUUAAAAGUCUGUAUUCAAAGA